GUUUCCACGGCGAGAGAGACUGCGGGACCCCGCCGGGAGAGACUUUUCUCCCGGUCCCCGCGGAGACUUUUUCUAAAGCCACUUACCUGCGCUUUCUAGGUAGAAUGUAAUGUGUGUAUAACUAUCCAAUCUCAUUGGCGCUGACAGAAAUCUGUGUUCAAAUCUAGCAUGGAGGCCAUCUUUGUGGGUGCUGUGGUUGGAGUAGCGUUUCAAGAGGCCUCCGCAGCCGUGAAGAAAGGAAUUCCGUACAUAAUUAGGGUUUUCAGCAAUUCUGCAUGUAAGAAGCUCAAGGAAACACUGAAUGGAUUGAAGCCGGCCGUUGACGAGAUGUGGGAGUUGAGUUUGGAGUCGUCAUCGGAGGCAUGGUUGCGGAGCAUCGAAGACUUUCGGGCGAAACUUGCCGAUGGCCUUCGACUGGUAGAGGACUGCGAGAAAACCAGUUUUCGCAAGCUCCACAAGAAAUUCAGGUAUGCGAAAAAGAUUCAGAAUAUGGAGAAGUACAUUGGGGAUUUCAUCAAUACCAAUAUUUUGCCCCACAUUGCAUUGGAUGUAAUGAAAUUGGCCAAUGAUUCCAAAAGGCUAAAAAUCCUGACUGAAGAUGUGAAGCAGAUUGCCUGCAAGAUUGAUGCACACACCCAAGAAAAUAGUUUGUUUCGCAGGAAAAUAAUUGAAAAUUCAGGGGCUAAUGUAGAGCAGCAUGAAUGGAGCCUCUGCGUCCCAAAUAUGCCCAGCUUCUUAGUGGGUUUGGAUAGUUUUGUAGAGCAGUUGAAGGAGCUUUUACUGGACAUCAAUGUGAGUCUGGUUGGAAUUACAGGUAUGAGUGGAAUGGGAAAGUCCACACUAGCAUCAGCCCUUUGCCAUCAUAACCAAAUCAAAGAACACUUUAAGAAGAGGGUGAUUUACUUUACCGUUUCAAAAAGUCCAAAAAUCCUGGAUAUCAUAGAAAACAUGUGCGAAAUCAUUGUUGGUUGCCCAAAACCUGGUUUUAAGAACAUUGAGGAGGCUCGUAACCAAUUACAAUACCAAAUAAGCUCAAGAAGAAGUCAACCAACUCUGGUAGUAUUGGAUGAUGUUUGUUCUAGAUCCAACCUUCAAAAAUUGCUAUUUGAAGGCGAAUAUUACAAGACUCUAGUAACCACAAGGGAUGUAAACGUUAUCUGUAAACAGCACAAUGCACGCGUUUACCAGUUACCAUGUUUGCAAGAGGAUCAUGCCCUGUCACUUUUCUGCCACUAUUCUUUUGGCCAGCUGACCAUUCCAGCUUCCCACGAUAAAGAACUGGUCAAACAGGUGCAGGCAGAGUGCAAAGGUUUGCCACUUGCUCUUCAAGUAAUUGGUAGCUCUUUGCGUGACGAGCCCACCCCUGUUUGGCAAAUUGCUAAGAAUAAACUUUCAAGAGGAGAAACUAUAUCUAGUUAUCAUGAAGAGGAGCUUCAUGAACGCCUGAAAACAACCAGUAUAGAUGUUUUGGAAGACGAUGCAAAGCAGUGCUUCUUGGACCUUGCUGCAUUUCCACAAGGACGAACUAUUUCUGCAAAUGCAUUGUUAGACAUUUGGGUGUAUGUACGUGGAAUGGAUUGGGAUGAUGCUUUUAUGGUUUUAUGGGAAUUCGCAGAUCGUAGUCUGUUGGAGUUAAAGAGGGAUCCGUGGAGCCCAGGGAUUACUCAUGGUUGCGCAUAUGGAUUAUCGUUUUCCCAACAUGAUGUAAUGAGAGAUUUGGCCCUGUAUUUGUUGAAACAGGACAAUAUAAUUCACUGUAGUAGGUUGUGUAUGCCUGAAAAGCAUGAUCGUAUUCCGUCAAAGUGGCAUACAGUCGAUACAUCUAAAGUUCAGAUUGUUUCCAUUCACACAGGCACACUGGAUGAAAACCAAUGGCCACAAAUGGAGUUCCCGGAGGUGGAAGCUUUACUUUUAUAUUUCACCGCAAGCAGAUAUAACAUUCCUAAAUUUCUGCAUACAAUGAAGAAACUCAAGGUUUUGAUAAUCCAUAAUUACAGCACACGAAGAGCUACACUCAAUGGACUGGAUGCUUUCAGUGCACUUUCUCAGCUUAAAACUCUCCAACUUGAAAGGUUGGUAGUUCCUCCAAUGUAUGACUACUUAAAUUUUUUGGCGAGUCUGGAGAAGCUAUCCAUGAGUCUAUGUGAGGGCCUUGGUAACAUGAAUGAAUUAGCUGGGGAUGAAUUUUUCAACUUUCCAAGGCUUUUGGAAAUUAAUGUCGAUCACUGCAGUGAUCUGGAGGAGUUGCCAAAAGGAAUAUGUUCUUCGACUUCCCUGAAAAAAUUGUCAGUGACAAACUGCCAUCGGCUUGCAAAGUUACCUGAUGAGUUGGGGAAUCUUAGCGUACUUGAGGUGCUAAGAUUGUGUGCAUGUGCAGACUUGACAGAGCUGCCACCCUCUAUCAGCAGUCUUCAACAACUAGAAUUCCUUGACAUCUCAUUUUGUGCGUGUUUGAAGGGGUUUCCAGAUGGAUUUCAUAAGCUACCAAGUUUGAAGAAACUGGACUUGAGGGAGUGCUGUAAACUAAGACAGUUUUCCAAAACCCUAAGCAAACUUUCAUCUCUCAAACAUGUGAUUUGUGAUAAGAACAAUGAGCAACAGUUGACCUAUAUAUGCAAAGUCAACUCCACGAGUAACCUUACUGUUGAAGUUGUUGAAGAAGCAUUCAGUUUAGACUGGCUACACUAGAGACCAAAUUACAAUUUUCCAUACUCUCUGUGUAUGUUCAGUUAGUGAACAGUAGACCAGUGUUUGCAAGUAUCUACAAUGUUAUCUGAACGGGAUUGUGAAUUAUCUUUGAUGGUUUCAGAAUUUGUGUUCACGAUACCAUAACAAUAUGAACAAUUUAUUGCUUGGCAACGUAGAAUUUUGGGGUUCAAUGUAUUUACGGAGUGCUUUUGUUGUAAUUUAUUUGUCAAUGUGAACUUUACUGCAAAGGAAUUCUCCAUUAAAGAUUUAAACAGAUGUUAGAAGAAU